AUGGGUCCCGCUAAUCGCCCCGAUCCACAGGCUCAGAAGCGAGCGCUCAUCGCCGCCUUGAACGAGCAUCGUGUCAACACCAUUGGAGAACUACGACGAGUAGAGCGUCUCUUCGCGACACUUGGGUCGUCCGACGUCACUCAACCGAUGACUGCUGCUUGGAUGCACUACGUGAACUCGAAUAGCCUUCUCUCCGAGCUCAGAGGCUUAACUCCCAACUACCCAUUCAGGUAUGCCGCUGUCUCCCCCUCAUCUCCGUCAUCUCCGUUGCUCCCACUGAUCAUUGAUCGUGUCCCCAGCUCCGAAUGCCUGGAAGAAGCCAAACGACGAGUGCACCAAGACCCGGCUUCCAACCGCUCCUGGAACUACUGCUGGCUGGUCCUGGCAAAGGUGCAAAACGAACGUCUCAUCCCUACCUUCGCCCGGGUGCAGGCCUCCCGCCCGGAGAUGUGGGGUGGGAGGACUCCGCAGGCGGAGGCGAUUGAGAAGCUCUCGCAGGCGUUUGUGAAUGAGUGGAACACUGCGCUGGCGCAGCUUUUGCGGUACUGGGAGGCGCCUCCGACGCGCUGA